CAGGAAGACCAAUGGGAUGUACCGAGUGGCUGGGCCAUCGACUUUGACCGUGCCAACUUCAUGUUAAAGGAGAGUGCCUGCACCGAUGUGUUCGUACCGUCGGAGAAAUUCGCCGGCUCAGCAACAGCAUGCCCGCCAGUGUCGAGAAAGUCUCCUCUAAUGUUGGACUGGCGUCGUUUGUACAGGGAUCGCGCGCUACUUGAGCAGCGCUGGCGGGACCCCGAGGGCGAACCUCACGUUCUGAGAAUUGAUGGUCACCGGGAUAGUGUGUACUGCCUCGAUUUUGACUCAUCACGCAUUAUCACCGGCUCCCGAGAUAGAACAAUCAAGGUUUGGUGUAUCAAAACCGGAAAGUGCAUCGCUACUUUUGAAGGGCAUACGGGAAGUGUUCUAUGCCUCAAGUUUGAGCGGGACUGGGAUGUUGGCGCCGAUGGUGUGGUUCGUGGAUUCAUGGUCAGUGGGAGUAGCGACUGUACGGUUUGUGUCUGGGAUUUGAUAUCGACGCCGGUCACCGCUGGGGAGAGAAACAGCGACUCAACUAUCACUCAUGGGUCCUCGAGAUCAAACAGUGCUCUUUCAAAUGUUACUACCGGGACGUUUGGUGCCCCUCGGAGGGUGUCUGCAGAAUUGCGACAUGUGUUACGGGGACAUUCGGCAGGCGUGUUGGAUCUAAAGAUGGAUGAGCGCUGGAUCGUCACCUGUUCAAAAGAUGCUUUAAUGAAUGUUUAUGACCGAAAGACACUGACCUUGCAUACUGUCUUGAGUGGCCAUGAGGGUCCCGUGAAUGCUGUAGGGCUGGAGAACGGCCGUGCCGUUAGCGCGAGCGGCGACGGUAAAAUGAUACUGUGGGAUGUCGAAACCGGAAGCUGCAUCCGCAUCUUUGAAGGACACGAAAAAGGACUGGCAUGUAUCGAGUUCAAGAACGAUCUCAUUCUAAGUGGCUCAAAUGAUUGCACGAUUAAGCUUUGGCGCGCUUCGACAGGAGAGUGCCUGCACACGUUCGCUGGACACACGCUCUUGGUCCGCGCUUUGUACUUCGAGCCAAAGGCGGGAUAUAUCGUCAGCACCAGCUACGACCGGAGCGUGCGAGUGUGGGAGUGGCGUGAACCUGAAGUUGGGGAAAGCCCGGACAGAAGUAAAUCGAAAGGCGUGGGUCGACUGGUGAGGGAGUUUAGAAACCUACACGCGAGCCACAUCUUCGAUGUCAAGUUCGACGUCGGUAAGAUCGUCAGCACAUCGCAUGACCAGAAGAUUGUCGUUUUGGACUUCUCAUAUGGGAUUGAAGGUGCACCGCUAUUCACUUAGUAUAUCUCGUGUACGGGCGUUCUACCGGGUGACUGUUGAAAAAGCCUUAACUCACUGCAUUACCUUCAAACGUGGCGAACAGCACUACUACUGGCGAGGACUGUUGUUACUCAUCUGACAUACCCAACUAUUUAUUCAUCCUACCCAUUGACAAUUCGUGUACCGAUACUACCUAAUGA